AUGGCAGAAACAAAAGUAAGCUUGAAGCUUUUGAUAGACAAAAAGGGUCAUCGAGUGCUCUUUGCGGAAGCGGACAAGAAAUUUGUUGAUUUCAUCUUUAGCAUUUUAACUCUGCCGGUGGGAACUGUAACUAGGCUCUUACAAAAGAAAAACAUGGCAGGCUGCUUGGGUAGCCUAUACAAGAGCAUAGAGAAUCUGAGUGAUAUUUACAUUCAGCCAGACCAAGACAAAAUGUCUCUGCUAAAACCAAAAGUGGCCAUUUCUGGUGCUAAAGUCCCUCUCCUCUUGCCAAGCGUUGAGCAGUCGUGUACAGACAGGAAAAUAUAUAGGUGUGGUAGCUACAACUGUCAGUUCGUGGCUAAUGAUUCUAGAGCAAAUUGUCCUUCGUGCGGGAAGCCAAUGAACAUUGAGCAAUUUUACGUAGAGUACGCACCAAGCAAUAUUAUCAAUGCAUCCUCCUCCAGUGAGGGAGGUUACGUGAAAGGUGUGAUUACAUACAUGGUGAUGGAUGAUCUUGAGGUGAAGCCCAUGUCAACCAUCUCUUCUAUCACUUUACUUACCAAAUUUAAUGUCAGGGACCUUGGAUCUAUUGAGGAGAAAGUGGUGGAUUUGGGCAUCGAUGAGGUUCUGAGUUUGCUGGAAGUCUCCUUGAAAUCUAUAACUGUUUUGACCGAUGUCUUCCUUAGAAACGAUACAGACGAGGAGUAA